UUAAAAGUUGCCAUUCGUCUAAGUUAACAUGAUACGGAGCUGACAAAAUCUUACAGUUAAGUGAACCAUGGCACCAUGGGCUUUCAUGCGUGUGAACUAUAUUCCUAUGACAUUAGGCAUAGUACUGUCACUGGGAUUAGUUACGUGCUAUGUUAUUGCUGUACUACGAAAAGAUGUCUCUCCGUACAUGCCUUUCAUCAGUGAAACUGGCGGCCAAUUUCCUGAAGCUGGUCUAUUUAGUUUUUUUCUCUAUCUCAGUUCGGUUGCGGGUAUAUCCACCAUAUUUAUUCGAUACAUCAUUGUUGAUGAACUCAACAGAGGAAUAGACAGGCUUAUGGAUAUUUUGAAUCGUAUAUCAGUCUGCAUAGGAUUUAUUGCUCUGCUGGGAAUGGUAGUUGUGGCUGCAUAUCCGAUGACAAGUAUUGCCACAGCCCAUGGUAUUGGAGCAAAUAUAUUAUUUUUAGGUGGCGUUAUUUAUGCAAGUUUACAAACAGCGCUAAGUUUCCGUAUGUCUCCUUACUACAAUGGAAAAUUUAUCUGCUUCAUUAGACUUACCAUAACAAUUAUCAGUGGAAUUUCUCUCAUUGUUCUUAUAUCACUAAUGCCGUUCGCAAUGAAAGAAUGGGGUGGAAGUAGUCAUUCUCAUUGGACAGGAGCAAAAACUCCAAAAGACAAGGGCUUUUAUCUUUUGCUGGCAAGUUCAAUAGCAGAAUGGAGUAUGGCAAUUUCAUUUCUGGCAUACUAUUUCACUUUCAUUCGAGAAUUUGCUAAAGUGUGCAUUCACUUACGAGUUCAAAUGUUGGUAACACACUUCGAUGAAGAACCACAUGCAGCAAGUGUUGGUGUAGUUAAUGAAAGAACGCCAAUAGUAAUGCAAAGAAAUGAUGAUGGUUAAUCCGAUAUUUUUUUUUACUCAUCCACCCACAUUUGGGAAAAAGUCUCAUCACAUUAUUCGUCUUCAGAAAUUAAUCAAAGUACUUUUCAUUGACUUCAAAGUGAUAUUUAUUGAAUUAUUUUGUGCCAUUUAUUAAACGACAUUCAAAGUAAUUUAUAGAAGCUAUAGGUUUUUUCUUUUACAGUAUUAAAGCCACUUA